AUGAAGCCCCUAGACCUCGGAGACGUACCUUCUCUCUACGAAACUGUGUUUGUUGUUGGAUAUCCUCGAGGUGGUGACAACAUUUCGAUUACGAAAGGUAUAGUCUCAAGAGUUGAAGUUACAAAAUAUUCUCACAGCAAAGCUAAGCUAAUGACAAUACAAAUCGACGCGGCUAUCAAUUCUGGAAACAGUGGGGGUCCAGUUUUCAUGGAAAACAAAGUUGUUGGUGUACCGUUUCAAGGUCUUUCAUCUUCAGAGAAUACAGGCUAUAUUAUCCCAACUCCAGUAGUUAAGCACUUCAUAUGUCGUGUUAAAGAAAAUGGUGGAUUGGACGGGUUUUGCUCGUUGGGUAUAUGGUGUCAGCAUAUGGAGAACGCUUUGAUCCGUAAUUACUUCAAGAUGACCAGUGAAAUGACUGGAAUUCUAAUAAAAAGAAUAAACCCGUUGUCGAGUUCUUACGGUAUUCUUAAAAAAGAUGAUGUUCUUCUCUCAGUCGACGGCGUUCCAAUUGGAAAUGACGAGACAGUUAGUUUUCGGAAAAAAGAACGAAUAAACUUCAAUCAUUUGGUCUCUAUGAAGAAACUGGGUGAAACAAUAUCACUAAAAGUCUUGAGAGAUGGGAAACAUCAUGAAUUCAAUAUCAAUACAAAACCCGUGCAACCACUUAUCCCAGCAUAUGAAUUCGAUAAGCAAACAAGUUAUUACAUACACGCGGCUUACGUCUUUUUGCAUCUCACUAAGCCAUACAUUGACGCUUCUGGCAUUGAGGACAGUAUAUUACAAUAUACGCCCAAAUAUGCUGAUGAACAGAUCGUCGUAAUUUCUCAGGUGUUAAAGGAUGACAUCAGUGUAGGAUUCACUAUUUUCGAAGAUUUACAGGUAAAAAAAGUGAAUGGAGUACGAGUGGAGAAUCUGAAGCAUUUACGUCAGCUCAUAGAAGAAUGUCCCACAGAGAAUUUGAGAUUGGACUUAGAGAAUGAUAAUACCAUCAUCAUCACCAGCCACGAAUCUGCCAAAAACAUCACUCCUAAGAUUUUGAAACGUUACGGAAUACCAACGGCCAUGUCUAAGGACCUAGUCCAAUCUAAGCUAGAAAAAAAAUGA